AUGACAGAAAUGAUGAAAAUGAUUGACUUUCUUCCACCAAGAACAGUCAAACCAAGAAAUAACGGAUAUACUAUGGUAAUGGACAAGGGACUUGGAAAUCAUGCUACUGAAGAUUUGUGUAUGACCGCUGCCCCUUAUAUUGAUUUUCUUAAACUUGGAUUUGGUACAUCAGUUUUUACUGGGGGGUUAAGAGAAAAACUUGCAAUAUACAAAAAGUAUGGCGUUGAAAUGUAUGUUGGUGGUACCUUCCUUGAGGCGUUUAUUGCUAGAAACAAAAUGGCAGAUUUCCACAAAAUUAUGAAAGAGUUUGGAAUUAAAAUGGUUGAAGUAAGUGAUGGGUCUUAUGAAAUGGGUCAGAAAAGAAAGCUUGAAAUCAUUAAAGAAUGUGCUGAACAUGGAUAUUUUGUUAUUUCAGAGGUUGGUAAUAAGUGUAAAAACAGAGAGUACACCCGAGAAGAAUGGGUUACUUCAAUGAAAGCUGAACUUACUGCUGGGUCGAGGGUUGUUAUUGUCGAAGCAAGAGAAAGUGGAACAACAGGGAUUUACAACAAAGACGGAAGUGUUAACAAAGAAAUGGUUGAUUAUUUAAUUUCUGAAGUUGACCCAAAUAAAAUUAUGUGGGAAGCCCCAUUAAAGUCCCAACAAGCCUGGUUAAUUUCAACAUUUGGCAUUAAUGUUAAUUUGGGAAAUAUUUCUCCUGCUGACAUUAUUGCUUUGGAAGCAUUAAGAAAUGGUCUUCGUGGUGAUACCUUUGCUCAAGUCCUUGAAGGAAGGUAUUAG